GAGUCUUUAUGUCGCGUUACCGAGGUCCUCGUUUCAAAAAAAUACGCCGCCUGGGGGCUUUACCAGGGCUAACUAAUAAAAGGCCCAGAGCUGGAAGUGAUCUUAGAAACCAAUCGCGUUCCGGGAAAAAAUCCCAAUAUCGAAUUCGCCUAGAAGAAAAGCAAAAAUUGCGUUUUCAUUAUGGUCUUACAGAACGACAAUUACUUAAAUACGUUCGUAUCGCCGGAAAGGCAAAAGGGUCAACAGGUCAGGUUUUACUACAAUUACUUGAAAUGCGCCUUGAUAACAUUCUUUUUCGCUUGGGUAUGGCUCCGACUAUUCCGGGAGCUCGCCAAUUAGUUAACCAUAGACAUAUUUUAGUCAAUGGUCGUAUAGUAGAUAUACCAAGUUAUCGCUGCAAACCCCGAGAUACUAUUGCGGCGAGGGAUGAACAAAAAUCUAAAGUUCUAAUUCAAAAUUCUCUCGAUUCAUCCCCCCAUGAGGAAUUGCCAAACCAUUUGACUCUUCAACCAUUCCAAUAUAAAGGAUUAGUCAAUCAAAUAAUAGAUAGUAAAUGGGUCGGUUUGAAAAUAAAUGAAUUGCUAGUUGUAGAAUAUUAUUCUCGUCAGACUUAAACCUAACAAAAAUAAAAUCAACACUAAUAAGAAUAAGGAAGAAUAAGGGUUCGACCCAUUUUGCUCCCUUUCGGCGAAGUAAAUUAACCUAAGGUUAAGAUAAAUAAGGGUUUGAUCCGGAUUUUUCUUCCAUUUAGGUAUCAUAGACCGAGAGGGAGAUUUUCAUUCCUUGUCUACUCUACUCUUUUCUUUACACAGUAUUUUCUGUACCACAGCCAUUAGGAAUAGAGAAUCCAUAUCAAAGAAAGGUCUAACUGUUGGAAUAGUCGUAUCCAUUGCUAUUUGAUCUAUUGUGGUUAGUAAGAUCGAUGAAUUAGGUGAAGGUACGGAAAGGAAAGAGAGGGAUUCGAACCCUCGGUAAGCAAAAGCCUACAUAGCAGUUCCAAUGCUACGCCUUCAACCACUCGGCCAUCUCUCCUACAUAAUGAUUAUGACCCAAAAAACUAAAAUCGAGUGAAUAGUGAAUCAUUCUAGAUUAUUGGGUAGGUACAACCAAUCAACUCUAACUAUAAAGCGAUCAAAAUCGAAAAUUUUUCAUCAUAGUAAAAGAAGUAUCUUUCCUUCUAGGCUGGGGGGAUAAAGAUAAAAUUUUUUUCUUACAAAAAAUGUUCUCUUCUUUUUCUGAAUUCUCUAUUUAUAUAUUUAUACUAUACCGACCGGAUUAAAUCAAUAAAUUAGAAAUUCUAAUGAAUCAACUGAGCGAGGGAUUUAUAUUUUGUAGACUAUGGUUAAUGGAUAUCUUUAGAUCAUGAUUCUAUUUAGACUACGAUUCCAUAUCAUAAGAAUUCUCAAAUUCCUUUCUAGACCAGUUUUAGAGUUAUCAACACAAAUCCUUAUCCCAUCUAUCUAUUACAAAUAGAAAUUGAUAAACAAUUUUUUUAUAGUUGAUUGUAUAGUGUAUACCCCUAAGUACACAACACAAAAAAAUAGGCGGUUAUUCUAUUUUCAUCAUACAAUGAUUAUUCGAUCCUUUUUCUUCUUUGUAUCAUAAUUAAAUCAACUGAGGUUAUUCUAAGCUGUAACUUCAAUCAAAUAAGAAUAGUUUCUUUCGUUGGUAGACUAUUCCAGUAAGAUGGAAUCGAAUCCGAUUACCAUAUUUCUUUCUUAGUUUUUAUCAAUUCCUGUAAUGUAAAAAAUAACAAUUUGAAUAUUGAAUUUUUGAAUAGAAGAACUAUAUCUUUUUUUGUUUUUUUAAUGAGAAUCAAUCUGUUUUUAUGUUAUUUCGUACUGUAGAAUUCUUUUCCUUGUGGGAUUAUUUUCCCGCGAGAAGUAAUGAGAACAAUGAUAGAAUGGAUUGCUACCUAUGCCUAGAUCGCGGAUAAAUGGAAAUUUUAUUGAUAAAACCUUUUCAAUUGUAGCCAAUAUCUUAUUACGAAUAAUUCCGACAACUUCAGGAGAAAAAGAGGCAUUUACCUAUUACAGAGAUGGUGCGAUUUGACUUUUUUUUAUUAAUCUCAGUCUUACGAGAAAUACACAUGAUUCGUGAUGGGGAAAAAAAGACAAAAAUCUACGCUUGUUGAAGGUAAAGUUUGGAAAUAGAACAAUUCCUUCUGUCGUGUAUCCUCGAUUAAUGCAGCCUCAGAUGCUAUGUUUCAAUUCUCGAUUCUAGUAUUGAGCGAAAGGUUAUACCUAUGGUAUUACAGGUCAAUCCUAGUCCACUAGUACCAAUAGGCAGCAGAGGGGAAGAAGCACUACAUCUAGGAAUCAACAA